AUGCAACACUACCUUGGGGUUAAGAUUUUGGAUCUGGACAGCUAUGCGCCCAAAUCUGUGCAUGAACUUUCUAAGGGAAUCAUCGUUUGCUUGUUGCAGACUGAUAAAGGUGGUCGAGGUCAUGCAGUGAGACUUGCUGGUGGCAUACUGCGCACUAAAUUGUUCAACGAGGGUGUUGAAGUUGUCUAUGGACCUUGGUGGGAGUCCAUCAUACCAGAUUUUAUCUGGUUCGAGCAAGGUUGUCUUCUAAAACCUAGGUCUUCAGUUGUGGCUACCACAAGGCGGUUCCCUUCAGAUUCCGGUGCCUUUGCAGACUGGUCGGCCCCUCCGUCUGCCAUCUCCGGCCGCGGUGACGACCUCUCCCUCGGCUUCAAUGCUUCAUCCGCCGCCACUGCGCACGGCGGCGGAGCCAUGUGGCCGGGGGUAUCGAGGUCGUUCAACUACAACCUGGCGCCUCACCAUGACAUCUUCGUGGUGGCGCCUGCUUCCUCCUUCUACCACCACCACAACGAUGUCGUCUUAUCCGAUCCAAACAACAACAACGGUUCCAACAAUUCCAACAACCCUGCAACGGCACACGGAGUCAACGUUUUCCCUCUCCUAACCGCCACGCCAUGCCUCGAGAGCGAGGGCAUAAUGGGAAACAUCAGUCACCACCGUAACAGAAUUCAGUUAUGGCAGGAGCACGAGUCUUCUCCGCCGCAGCAGCAACAGGGUCACAUGGAGCGUGACACGUGUGGGGAUGGGGGCGGGACUAGCACGUGCCAGGACUGUGGGAACCAGGCGAAGAAGGAUUGUAGUCACAGGAGGUGCAGGACGUGUUGCAAGAGUAGGGGUUUUGAUUGCUCCACGCACGUGAAGAGCACGUGGGUGCCGGCGUCACGGCGGAGGGAGAGGCAGCUCAAGGGGGUGGCGGCGGCCGGUGCUGCGGUUGGGUCCAAUGGGGCCACUUCCGGUGCCAAGAAACCUAGGCUUGUUGCUUCUCAAACUACUUCGCAUACUUCAACGUCUAAUAAUACCACUCCUCCGAGGAGUUUUGACACUGGUUGUAGCCCCCAAGAUGUGGGUUUCAAGGAGUCACUACCAAGUCAAGUGCGUGCACCAGCAGUGUUCAAGUGUGUUCGUGUAACAUCAGUGGAUGAUGGUGGGGAAGAUGAGUAUGCGUAUCAAGCAGUUGUGAAGAUUGGUGGCCAUGUCUUCAAAGGGUUUCUCUAUGAUCAAGGGGUUGAGGACAAAGAAGGGUACCCUAAUUUAUCUGAAUUACAUUUGAGUGGUGGUGGUGGUGGAAAUGUUACAAGUGGAAGUGAUGGUGGUAGAAAUGGAAUUUCAUCUUCAUCUCCAAUGGUGGAUCGUUCUCAUGAUGUCUAUGCAGCUUCAGGUGGAGGGUUGCUACUUGGAGGUUCAUCAAACUAUGGUAAUCAUCCAAUAAAUUAAAAAUCAUUUUUUCCAAGUGUAACGUAGAUGAUGAUGGAUGGGCUUGGAAAGCUUGACUUAUUAUUGUAGGGUAACUUUUCUUAUUUUUCCAACAUUGGGGGUGGGUUGGAGGGUAUAGAUUAAUUAAUAUUAAUAUUCUUCUAAGUUUGUAUCUUAUUAUAACCAUAUGUCACUCUGCAUUUUUCAACUCCUCGGUUUUUGUUCCUUUUAGUCCAUUUUUUCUUUCUUUGUUGA